CGUUUUCUGGGCGAGGGUCGCAAAACGGGCGGUAUGCGAAUCCCCGGCCGUGACUGAGGCUUCUGGGGGCAGCAAGGCCGUCGCCGGUAGCGUCCGAAGAGGGCAAGUCGCCGCCGCCGCGCAGCUGGGGCAGUCCUGAGCUACUGUGUGGGUGGAGGGCUUUGAGGCCCGGCUCACCUUUCAAGCGGGGCAGAGGCGAGAAACGCGGCUCCUUCCAGCCGCCAGGUCCAGCCUCCUGCGAACCGGCGAGAGAGAGGGGCGGGCCUGCGCGCUAGCCGGGGUGGAGAAAGCGAGGGCUGGCCUUGGUAGGCUCAGCCCCCGUCGGUCGUGUUUACAUCCGUCUCGCUCGGGUUCCCCUCCGCGGCCUCGCCCGCCGGACUCCCCCCACCCUCACUUGCCCGAACCCACCACCUUCGCUCCCUCCAGGCCGGGUCAAUGCGGCGCUUUCCGCCGGGCCAUGGACACCAGCGACCUGUUCACCAGCUGCAAGAAGGGCGACGUUUGUCGCGUGCGAUACCUUCUUGAACAGAGAGAUGUUGAAAUCAAUGUCCGAGACAAAUGGGACAGUACCCCUUUUGGUUGAAAGACAACAUUGUGGGAUUGGUGAGAAUGUCUGCUGUCUGUGAGAUAUUAUGCUUGUCUCUGCGGACAUGAAGAACUUGUGCAAUAUCUUCUAGCGAGUGGUGCAAAAUGUGAAGCAAACACCUUCGAUGGUGAACGUUGCUUAUAUGGAGCUCUGAAUGAUACUAUUCGGCGAGUGUUGAAGGAAUAUAAGCAGAUCACAGCAAAGUGCAUGAAGAGGGAUUACUAUGAUGCAUUUCUUCAGCGGCUUCUAGAACAGGGUUACCACAGUGACAUUGUUUUUAUUGUUCAUGGGAAGUCUUUUUGUGCUCAUCGAUGUGUACUGGGUGCUCGAAGUGCAUAUUUUGCAGAAAUGUUUGAGACCAAGUGGAAGGGGAAGAAUGUCAUAGCACUGAAACAUCCAUUGAUCAAUCCAGCAGCCUUUAGUUCCCUUCUGCAAUACCUCUAUACAGGAUGUUUGGACAUAGAUGUAGAAUAUGUAAAUGACUGCAAGAGAUUGGCCAAACAAUGUCAGCUCCAAGAUCUCAUUGAAGACUUGGAAACCAAAUGUAAAAAGGUGUAUGAAUUUGUUUCUUCCAAGCCAGGCACCUGUGUAAAGGUACUUACAAUUGAACCAUCAGGUGAUUCAAGAUUGCAGGAAGACCUCGCUCUGUUAGCGGAGUGUGCCUUGCCAGCUGAAUUCAGGGUAGGGUUUGGAGAGUUGCCUUUUGAUAGCACCGAUAGCUUCAGUAGUUAUCCUGAUCUGUGUUUCCGAGUGUCAAACUGCAGUUUCCUGUGUCACAAGGCAUUUUUCUGUGGCCGAAGUGACUAUUUCAAAGCCCUUCUAGAGGACCACUUCUCGGAGAGUGAGGAGCUACAAACCCAACCCAGUAUCCCUGUGGUGACUCUUCACAACAUUUCAGAGGAGAUCUUCAUCAGAGUUCUAUAUUACAUCUAUAGUGAUGACACAGAGUUGUCUCCUGAAAACGCCUAUGAAGUGCUUUGUGUGGCCGAUAUGUAUUUGUUACCUGGGCUCAAGCGCCUGUGUGGGAGAAUUUUGGCACAGGUUCUAGAUGAAGACAGUGUUGUCAGCAUCUGGAAGAUUGCAAAGCUAUUCCAGCUGACCCGAUUGGAAGAUCAGUGCACAGAGUAUAUGGCAAGGAUAAUUGAGAAGUUAGUGGAGUUUGAGGAAUUUGCAGCAGCAGUGAAGGAGAAUGCUGAUGCCGUGGAGGAGCGGCAGGAGACGGACUCUAUUCCUCUUGUGGAUGACAUCCGUUUUCACAUAACCAGCAACGUUCAAACUUACAGUGCCAUUGAAGAGGCUAACCAGAAAUUAGAUGCCCUGGAUAAUCUUUUGGCUAGCAUAGGACUUGAAUGUUAACUUGGGAGAUUUUCCUGUGUCAUUAUAUGAAGUAUCAGUUCAGAGUUCAUUUCUGCAAAGUUCACCUCUUUUUCUCUCUCUCUUCGAUUUUCCGAUUUCUUUAUGUUUUAUUUAAGUUUCCCUUACGUUUUAUGUUACUGACUAUUGCAUCUGGAUUAAUAUUUUUCUUCUUCCAGGAAACAGGUCCCCAGAAGAAUCUGUAAUUUGAAAACAUGGUUAGGUGUAUGCUAUGUUGUUGAGGAAAAAUUUGUAUGUCUUAUGUAAUGAAUGUACUGUGUGGCAUACAACCAGUUACUGCAGUCCCCAAAAGCCCAAUGUAAAGAGGUCCAUCCUUCAGAAUAUUGCCAUUCCUGCUGGAUAAAGAAGGAAAUGAAAGCUUUUACUGAAUUAUAAGAAUAUGAAGUUGAUGGACUAGAAGCUGAGAUUGCCUGCUGUUAGUCUUGCAUUCUAAUCUUCCAGAUGUGCACACUGGAUCUCAGCAGACCCUCCGUUUUCUAAUCUAGCUGCCUUAUUCAUCAGGUGAUCAAGUUCAUUUACUUUUUUAAAAAAAACAACUUGUUCUUAUCCUUGAAAUAAAAUAUUUUGUCACCGUUAGGUGCAAAUGCAUGCCCCCCCCUUUUCCUGCUGUAUUGUAGGGGACAUUGAGACAUGGAAGUUUAGCAUAUCUGUAGACAGUAAUGAUCCUUUGAUUUUACUAUGAUUGGGGAUUCACUCAAGUGAUUCACGAAUGUUAGCAUGGAGUAUGUAUGUACAAGUAACUGUGUUGUACUUGCAUGAUACCACAAUGGACCGAUGGAGCAUUGUUUCCCUUUGCAGUGGAAGCAUAAAUUUGUUUUGUGCAGAUGCCAAUAUUGUGAGGGAAUAGAAGGUGUUAUCUUGCUAACUAGUUCUACCCUUUGAUAUAUUGAAUGGCAGAUGGGAAUAUAUUCGCAUGGCAUAGUCUACACCAGGGGUGUCAAGCUCUCGGCGUCACAUUGUCGUCACGUGAUAUAUCGCAACUUUCCCCCCCUUUGCUAAACCAGGGGUGGGUGUGGCCAGCGCGUGACACAUCUGGUCUGCAGGCCGUGAGUUUGAUACCCCUGGCCUACACAGUGCAAUAUUUUAAGGUAUACAUCGUUUGAAUUAAGUCAGUUCACAUUAAGGUCACCUAGGUGAAGGUCUGUAUGAAAAUUUACCAUUCUGUUGUUGGAUGCAGUGAGGUGUGGGUUGUCCAUAUGUACACAGUUCUAAUAUCUACAAUCACCUGUUGAUAACAGGUGUUCUGGCUGUAUGUAAUUGAUUGGCAGGUUUCCUAAAUGAGAUUACUGCUGUUCCCCCAUUCUGUAUAUAUUAAAUCUAAGGUAUAUAUAGAUAAUGCAUGAGAUUAGUUUAAUUACUAAAUUCAGAACAGCAUAGCAGAGACAUAGAGGUGUCCUGAACUACUAUUUGUCAAGUUUUCUACCUGACCUUUCAUAAUCUGCAUCAUCAUGCCAUAUUUACAUGUUGCACAGAAAAAGAAUUAAGAUUCUGGUUAUUAAGAUCUUUAGUCUGAAGGAAAAUGUGUCUCACCACCGUCCAGUUCAUUAUGUUCUUUGUUACUGCCUCCCUCCCCCCAUUAAUAUGAAUGAUAGAUAGAAAAUGCAUACUGGGCAUUCAGAGAGGGGGAGGGGAGGGAUGGGAAAUGCAGUAAAUCGAGUGCUUAAUAUAGAAACCAUACUAGAUAGACCAGCCAGGGUUCUAUGUCACCCAACCACUCUAGAAUUAUGUGCUCAUCAUUAGAGAAAUUUGACAAGGAAAAAACUAAAUCCUAUUUGGCUUAUCCUGACUGUAUGAGGCAAUAUUGUUCCUAUACUAUAGUAAUACUGUUAGUGUUACAGCAAUUGCAAUGGUAGAUUAACUUUAGUGAGACAUCGAUGCAACAAAAAUGAUGUUGGACUCUAGCACAGUUUUCCAUGCACUGAUAACUCUUUACACGUAAGAUCAAGAAGUUGUGUAUUCUUAAUACUAUGUCAAGGAAAGCACACCUCUUAAAGGAAUGGUGUUUAUUUAAAAGCAUGUGGAACUACCGUAGACUUGUUAUUCACAAGUCAUAAAUAAAAGCCUGGCCAGCAUUUUUCUUUUCCUGCAUUUUACUAGGAAAAUGAAGGGAACUAAAAUGCUGAAUUUCUUGACAUUUCUUUUUGGCAAACAUCUUUGGCAAAUAUAGAACCUUUCUUGUACCAAUUUAUAAGCCCCCUCCAGUGAAUAAAUGGACAUCAUACUGGAAUAAAUCAUAACAACCUUUUCUACUUCCAUUUUUUAUUUGAAACAGUAAAUUAUUGGAACAAAAACAAAGCACAGUAAGCUUUUUUAUACAUAGCAUCCUAAUGUUCUCUUCCUUGCAAGUAUCUGAUAAAGUUAACAUGAUAUAAGCACAGAAAAUUACUACUAGUAAUUGCGAUUGGUGGUGUUUUUAAAAAAAAAUUAAAAGACUUUUUAAAAAUAUUGUCAAGUGAAGAUCCACUUAAUUUUUAGAUAGGCAGUGAAGGUGGCUGAACAAAGCUUUGUUUAUAUGGUAAACAAGAAUGGUAAAUAAAUUCAGAAUGAAUUACCAGUAUUACUGUGUUUGGAAGCUGCUUCUCAGUACAGCUCCUUGAUGAGCUUUCCCUUUGCUCUGUCUUGUAUUUUAUUGGUUGCCCUUGUAUAAAUCAGAGUUGUGAAUAAAAAGAGACUAAUACCUAUUUAACAUAUUGUGAAAAGUCACCUUCCUUAAAUCCAAAGAAGUUAGGAAAACAACGUAUCUCUAAUUAUUUAUUGUAUAGUCUUCUUGGCUAUUAAUUGCAUUGUAAAAAGUUUAAAUGUCAGACUUCUUACUAUUAUGAACUUACUUUUAACCUGGUCCUCUGUUAUUUAAAAUAAGGAGAAUGUAAAGCUUUACAGAAUGGCAAUAUAAUUAUAUAUUUAAAAGCUUAAUAUAUAAGCAUGUGUGCAGCAAUAAAGAGUCUAUUUCAUUAA